AUGUACAGCAAAGACACAGACAACAAGAGCGUGUUAGAAAAAUACAAAAGUAAGAAGUGCAAUGACGACAGUAGAAGUUUGCAGCUCCCUGAUGACAUUCGUGAUGACAUGUAUGUAGUAACCAGCGAGAGCAGACAGCACACCUGUGGCUCUCGGAGGUUAACAGUCCUGGUUUCAACCAUGUCUCUGUACACUUUGAGUUUCCUGUGCGUCUUGGCCAUCUUUGCUCUUCAGGUGCCUGGUAACUUGGGGAAAAAGUACAUCUACAUACCUCCUGUGAAACCUAACAAUGGCUGGAACCCUUUUAAGCCUGUGAAACCUAAUAAUCGCCGGUAUCCUCACAAACCAUCUGGGAACUCUGGUCCGGGCUCUCCCAGGGGCUCCGGGGGCUCUCCCUCAAGCUCUUCCUCCGUGAAUCCCAGUGAGAUUGUGAACAAGCACAACAACCUGAGAAGAAGUGUUAGCCCUCCCGCAAGCAAUAUGUUGAAAAUGAGCUGGAGCAAGGAGUUAGCUGACAAUGCUCAGAAAUGGGCCGACAAAUGCACCCAGGUCCACAGCCCGCAAAAAAUACGUCAAAGUAAAAAUUUUGGAGAGAACCUGUACAUGUCCAGCGCACCAUCUAACUGGGACACUGUGAUCCAGAAUUGGUACGACGAGGUGAAACAUUGGAAAUAUGGAGUGGGAUCAACCAACAAGAAAAAAGCAGUCGGACACUACACACAGAUUGUCUGGGCCGAUUCCAACAAGAUAGGUUGCGGUAUGGCCACAUGUCCCAAUGCUGAAUACAAGUACUACGCCGUCUGCCAGUACUCCCCUCCUGGAAACUCGAAGUUUCGAUACAAACAAUAUCCCUACAAGAAAGGACGCUCUUGCAGUGCCUGUCGCGGUUCCUGUGAAAACAAACUGUGCAGUAAGUGGCAAAAACAACACUGAAUGAAUGGCUGAUUGGAGUUUGAGUUACACUUUAUAAUCUCAGUGUAAACAGUGAAUAGUAUUCAUGAGUAUUUGUAAUUGUAAUAUUUUUAUCAGUUAUAUCACAGUUCAGUGGCUGAAGCCUGUAUCUACCGCAAAUGUUAACAGUACUGUAUUUAAAGUAUUAUAUUCUAUUAUAUUAAAAUUUUUUAUAAUAUCUUUUACAAUAUUUUAUAAUAAUUUUAUGAUAAAAAAAGUUCUUUCUGAUCUGCUCCCAUUUGCCUUGUUAAAUCUUUGUUAAUGCAUUAUACUGCAAACACAAACUCGACCAUUCCUGUACAUGUUACAAAGUACAAGCCUUCCAUAGCCUUUCCGUGGACACAAUCCUUUCACUUGGUAACAAGGCUUUUAUCGUGAAAUGUCUAAAUGUUGUGUAAAAAGUUCAGAGACUUGUACUGAUCCACGACAGUACUUCAAAAUGGCAGCUCUCCCUCCUGAGUCACAGGCGCCCCCAGCACUUGUAGCUCACUACAAACUACAGUUUACAAAGGCUUUUUACUUUGUUGUUUUGGACACCCAAAAGCCUUUCCAGCCUGUCAAUGGACAGAAUCCCCUAAUUUUUAACUUGACUUUGAUUGUGAAAUGUUUGCAGGAACAUGUUUCUGAUGUUCAGUGAUUUCUACUGUUCUAUUAUGAUACUCCAAAUGCAGAUACUUCCAUCUUGUGGCACUUGGACAUUACUACCAACUAUAGUUUGGCUGAGACAUUAACACAAAUACACCUGUAUUGACUGAAGUAGGACUUAUAAUAAUACUUCAGAUGAAUGGUCCACAACAGCAAAGUAUUGAAAACAGCAAGAAACCAGUGUGUACUUACCGCUGUCCACACUCAACCUGAGAGGUGAUCAUGACCAGUGAGCAGAACAGAACACGAGUUGGAAGGAAUUUAGACUUUAUUUAGAAUUUAGAAACAUCAACCCUCUUGAUUUAACGCCUGGUAAAAAAACAACUAAUACUCUGAGUAGCGUUUUGCAAGAACACUUUUUACUUUUACUUACUGAUAAGUAUUAUCUUCAUAACUGUAGUUUUACUUGUAAAUAAGUGAUAUCUCAAUAAUAUAACUUCACUUGUACAUGAGUUCAGAUUCUCAGUACCCCUCCCACUGGUGGAAAAGGGUCACACAAUAAAAUCUCUGACUUAUUUUCAAUGUAGUCCUCAACCAAAAGAGACUAAAGAUGCAUAACUUAUCAUCAGAAGAGUCAUCACAAGUCAAACAGCAAAAACAAAAAAAUGUACACACAAAUUUUAACUGGGUGACUUCAGUGAGCGGCGCUGUCAUUCAUGCACACACUGAUCUUCUGUUUUCUCUUUUCUCUGUAGCAAGACGUUAAUCAGAAGCAUCAGCUGGGCUGCAUCCGUGAUGUCAUUUCUUGGUGCACAGCCUCGAUAAGCUGUGACUCAUCUGUCAGUCAGUUUCAAUAAAUAUACUCUGCAAUCAAGCUUGUGUGCCUCCGCUUUCAUACUUUAUUUGACCUGCUCAGCAGACUUUAAGAAGGAAAUGUAUUUUGGCACAGUUCCUCUCUUGACAAACACUCCCUGCCGAACCAGAUGCCCUUUGACUGUGCGUAAGGUGUCAACUCACAGAGAGGAAGGUGAGCCACACUUUACAGGGUGGAUCUGGCAGCAGCUGGGUGGAAAAGUUCAUUCCACAGUGUUGCUCCGAAGAACAAUCAUAAUUUGACACCACACAUGCCUGCUGUGGGUGAAAAUAAAGAAUACUAUGAUAUCCAAGAUUAAAGCAGUUUGAAUCCAGAUUUCCCGCAAUAUUUUGGUAGUGUGGGGAAUGGAUUAAUAUUUUAAAAAAUCCUUUGAAUAACAUCCAUCUUAUCAAGUCAUUUUAGUCUGAAAGUUAGUGCUGAAGUUAUUUUUAUUCAUCUGCCAGUUGAGCCAUUCUUCAUCUCGAAUCAGUAUGUUUCAAUAAUUCAGCCAUGGUGGCACAUUUCUUUGUCAUAAACAGGUCUAGAUAUUAUUAUCUAAUACAUAUUCAGACUACACUGCAAGUUAGAGAUUUUAGGACUCAAUCUUUGACAAAUGUUUUCAUUAUUUUUGCGCAUAUCUAUAAAGCAGUUACAAUCAGCUCCACUUGAACGAGCUGCUCACACGCUAAUGCCUCAGUGAUGAUAAUCCUGCAAUAAACGUGAAACUAUCAAGGAAGCAACCUUCAUUUUAAAGCAACAUUAUGUAGAAAUUAGCAUUUUGAGUGAAUAUAAGAAACUCUGUUAAAAAACUCUCUCUGUGACAAAUUCUUAAUCACUGAGGCCUUGUUGUAAAUUUUCGCACAUUGAGUUUGUUCUUUCUUUUGUAUGAAAAACAUAUAAUGUCUGUUUAGCCGCAGUGACGUACAUAUUUAUUUGCACAGAGUGGCGAGGUGAGAUCUGACCACAAGUGGUCACUUGGGAUGUAUGUCAACAUGCAUUCUGAUGCCAGGCCUGAAGUGACGAGCUGUCCCCCUUGUGAUCAGAUCGCCAAAGACACAUGAUAAAUGCCAAAGACAAACAACGUCGUAGCUUACAAUGAUGCCUUGCGGUGAGGAUGCCGAUGUUACACAGACCUGCCUGUUUGUCACAGAGACUCCGGUCUGUAGCGUAGCUCAUCCGCUGGAUUGACAAAGCUCUAGGCCUCAUGAUCACGGAAAGAUGUUGCACCCUGCUGACACUUCUGGUCAUAUUCCCAAGCUCCCUCUUAGCUCGUCCACAUGAGUGCCUCUCUCUCUUUCUCGCCCUCUGCCGAGUCUGCAUCAUACUUUGUUUUUCUCAAUUGAUGGUUUCUUGCACCCCUAAUUCCCGCCUCCACAAACAGUAGGAUGUCCCGAGUCGCAUCAGGUUGCAACUUUCCGUUCACAUCGCAUGCUUUACUUGCAUCUGAAAGAAGGAGACGCUCCUACUUAGCCACAUCUGAGGCUGAGCGAGUGUGCCUCCCCUCAGGGGUCAGCUGCACAUGUUCUGGCUGCACAGCAGGUUACUGGUUCUAACAAGCUUGUUUGUAUGAGUUAGGCUUAUGCAGUCUACUCUUGAGAAGCACAGAUGGACCUCCAAGCUCGCCAUGUUGGAAUUCAUCCAGACUGGAUCUUCUUAGGUUUUGUUUCCUGUUCUGAAUUUCCAUGCGGCACUCGCAGAAGAGGUUGUUUUCAUUUUGGCUCAGAAAAGAAUCCGCUCCAAGUUCAACAUUAGAUUUCCUAUUGCCACACUGUCACGCGCACUGCUAUUGUGUGGACAUUAGCUCCCGUCGUAUGACAACAAACUUCUUUCAUUAAAAAUAAACACUUGGGGCUGAAUUUCUGCAAUCUUGUCUUUGCGCCAAAAGAGCCUUGCUCUUCAUACCACAGCAUGUGGGAGUCAAAUAAAAAAGUCUGGGCCUCUUAUUUCUGCUCCGUCACUGCAAUCCCCCUUGAGGUUAAGUUAGGACACAGAUGAGAGCACCACCUGAAGUGGGUGGACAGGGUAGCUGGACAGAGUGUUAUUCCCCCAGCAGAGGGGAGAUAAGGGGGU